UCUCCUUCUACCUACGCCUUUUGUCGCUCUCAAUACCCUGAUACUAUUGUCACGCUCUGAUAGCAGCUAUCGCGCUACCCUACUCACCGCAGUGUUACACCAUCUGUAUCAAUUCUUAUCAACACUAAAUCGAACAAUCAGACCUGGUCUCCCUCUUUACAGCAAUGUCAAAUCUAAAACGUAUCUCCAUCGUCCCCAACCUAGCUUGCGAACGCGCAGGUAUGAAACAGUAUGCCAGCAUCCUGAAAAAAUAUGACUUCGCACCCACAACCGAAGGCCCCUUCCAAAUGGUUGACGUCGCAACCAAGAACUUGAAGAACUUCUUCAAACCUAAAGACAAGAAAGCCACUACACCCGUGUUGCGAAAGGUUGAAGACGACAAAACAGGCGAGGUCAAAGCAGAAGAUCAACAGAACGACGCGCUUUACAUUUGUCCUUUAUGGUCUACGGAGUUGGAUAGGGAGACCAAGGUGGCCGGGAUUAAGAGCAAACAUAAUGUUUUUGAUGCGAAGGCUAGCAAGACGUUCAAGAAGAUGAAUGGGGCGAGCUGGAGGAUUAGGUACGGUGAUGGAUCUACGGCUUCUGGGAUCGUCGGUACGGACAAUGUUACCCUUGGUGGUCUCUGUAUCGAGGGCCAGGCCAUCGAACUUGCGAGUAAACUCAGCCCGCAGUUCACUUCUGGUGCAGGCGACGGACUGCUAGGUCUGGCAUUCGGUCACAUCAACACCGUCAAACCAAAGAAAGUCGCCACACCCGUAGAGCAGAUGAUUCUCCAAUCCGACAUCCCCUCCUCCCAAGAGCUCUUCACUUUCCUCUCGCGCUGCGGCGUCUCAGAACCACACUAUGUGCCCAUCGAUCCAUCAAAAGGCUUCUGGCAGUUCUCUUCCCCAACUGCUACCCUCAACGGCGAGAUUAUCCAACGACCCCCCGGAAAUACUGCAAUCGCCGAUACAGGAACUACACUGGCCCUUGUUGACGACGCACUCUGCGAGAAGAUAUACAGCACUAUCCCAGGCGCUGUGUACGAUAAAGCGCAUCAAGGUUGGACCUUCCCCAUCGGAACAAAAAUCUCUGAUCUUCCUACUCUGGCACUUGCAGUGGGUGACAAGGAAUUUGAAGUACAAAAAGAAGAUUUUGGAUUUGCGAAAUGUGGGGCGGGCAUGCAGUACGGGGGGAUACAAUCACGUGGAAAGAGUGAGUUUGAUAUUUUCGGGGAUACGUGGCUUAAGGGCGUUUAUGCGAUUUUCGAUCAGGGAAAGAAGAGGUUUGGGACUGUUCAGAGGGUGGAGGGGAUGCAGAAUUUGGCUGUGCCGAAAUGA